AAAUUACUUUAUUGUGAUUCAUUAUAUCAAAUGCCACCAAAAUAUGGUGACUCCAUGAACGAGGACACCAUAAUUUAUUUUUCAAACCAGGGGAGAGAGUAGAGAAAGGAAACACAAAAUGCAUUUGAUGCGGCGCUUGAUGUCAGAAUCGAUUCUGAAGCGUUUCAUUCGCGGCCAUGGCUUCCAUUCUCAACAAAUAAGAACCCUAAACCCUCUCGCCCACGAUAAUUCCCUCCCUGAUGAUCCCCAGAACGACGUCGUAUUGGUUGAGGGAAAUGCUCAUUCCAGAACUGCAAUUCUUAACAGGCCGAGUGCGCUAAAUGCUCUUAACGCUGCAAUGGGGUACAGGUUGCAGAAGCUUUACACGAGCUGGGAAGAAAAUCCUGACAUUGGGUUUGUGGUCAUGAAGGGAAAAGGCAAGGCAUUUAGCGCUGGAGGUGAUAUUGUGUCACUGUAUCAUCUGAUAAAACAGGGAAACCUUGAAGAUUCUAAAGAAUUAUUGAGGUCAUUGUACACAUUUAUGUACAUUAUUGGCACAUACUUGAAACCACAUGUAGCUCUUCUAAAUGGGAUUACCAUGGGUGGUGGGGGUGGUGUUUCAAUUCCAGGAACAUUUCGAGUUGCAACGAAUAAAACUGUUUUUGCCACCCCCGAGACGUUAAUUGGUUUUCACCCAGAUGCUGGGGCUUCCUUUCACCUGUCACACCUCCCUGGGUAUUUAGGAGAGUAUCUGGCCUUGACGGGAGACAAUCUCAAUGGAGAGGAAAUGAUGGCUUGUGGACUCGCUACCCACUACUCGCUUAGUGAGAGACUUCAUUUAAUUGAGGAACACCUUCGAAAGUUAGAGACUGAUGAUCCUACUGUACUUGACAAUUCCUUGGCAAAAUUUGCAGAUAUUGCUCGCCCCCAUCAAACAAGUGUAGUUCAUAGGAUGGAAACACUUGAUAAAUGUUUCAGCCAUGACACUGUAGAGGAAAUUUUUGAUUCUUUGGAAAGGGAGGCAGGUAAAGCAAAGGACGAGUGGUGUAUUUCAACGUUAAAAAAACUAAAAGAAGCCUCGCCAUUGAGCUUGAAAGUUGCUUUGAGAUCUAUACGUGAAGGUAGAUUUCAAACUUUUGAACAGUGUCUAACUCGCGAGUAUCGCAUGAGCGUACAAGCAAUCUCUGGACAAAUUUCUCAUGAUUUCUGUGAGGGUGUCCGGGCACGUAUGGUGGAUAAAGAUCUUAAGCCCAAGUGGAACCCGCCAAGUUUGAGUGAUGUGUCCGACGAUAUGGUUGAACAGUAUUUUUCUCCACACUCAGCAUCUGAACCUGAACUGAAUCUGCCCACACAACGAGAGCCAUUUCUAUAAUAAUCUGCUAAGAGUUGCAGAAAUGCUAUUAUUAUUCUGUUUCCCCUGUUAGCAGGGAUAGAGGAAUGUAUCCGCAGCAUUGGUUUGGCUUGAACAUUUUGCCAUUCUUGAUUACAACACUCGCUGGUUUUAUCAGGCUAUAAUAAUAUCCUUAUUUUCUCACUUGCUGAGCCAAUUUUGAAUUUUCUCUAGGCAGCCUUUGAUCUUUCUGAGUAAGCAGAAAUAAUUCCCCCUCCCCUUGCUAUCGAGAUAAAAUAAUCACUUGGACCAUAUCACUAUCUUUAUGAUAUUUCAGUUCAAGCGGAAAACAAUUACUUUAUCCGUUUCAUAAUAAUGUUCAACAUCUCAUACAUGAUAAGAUUACUCUUUGUUUUAUUCUUUGCAUGAAC